AUGGAGGGCUCUCUGGUGGCCAACUGGAGUGCCGAGGCGGUCAACGGCAGCAGCGAGGCGCCUCCGGAAGCCGAGGGCAACCGCACCGCCGGGCCCCCGCAGCGGAACGAGGCCCUAGCGCGCGUGGAGGUGGCGGUGCUGUGCCUCAUCCUCUUCCUGGCGCUGAGCGGCAACGCUUGCGUGCUACUGGCGCUGCGCACCACGCGCCACAAACACUCGCGCCUCUUCUUCUUCAUGAAGCACCUGAGCAUAGCCGACCUGGUGGUGGCCGUGUUCCAGGUGCUGCCGCAACUGCUGUGGGACAUCACUUUCCGCUUCUACGGGCCCGACCUGCUGUGCCGCCUGGUCAAGUACCUGCAGGUGGUGGGCAUGUUCGCUUCCACCUACCUGCUGCUGCUCAUGUCUCUGGACCGCUGCCUGGCCAUCUGCCAGCCGCUCCGGGCGCUGCGUCGCCGGGCGGACCGCCUGGCUGUGCUCGCCACGUGGCUGGGCUGCCUGGUGGCUAGCGCGCCGCAAGUGCACAUCUUCUCGCUGCGCGAGGUGGCCGACGGCGUCUUCGACUGCUGGGCCGUCUUUAUCCAGCCCUGGGGGCCCAAGGCCUACAUCACGUGGAUCACACUCGCCGUCUACAUCGUGCCUGUCAUCGUGCUCGCCGCCUGCUAUGGCCUCAUCAGCUUCAAGAUCUGGCAGAACUUGAGACUCAAGACAGCGGCGGCGGCAGCGGAGGCUGCAGAGGGGUCGGAGGGCCGGGCUGCGGGCAGCGCGGGGAGCGCGGCUCUGGCACGCGUCAGCAGCGUCAAGCUCAUCUCCAAGGCCAAGAUCCGCACGGUUAAGAUGACCUUCAUUAUCGUGCUGGCUUUCAUCGUGUGCUGGACGCCAUUCUUCUUCGUGCAGAUGUGGAGCGUCUGGGAUGCCAACGCGCCCAAGGAAGCCUCGGCUUUCAUCAUAGCCAUGCUCCUGGCCAGCCUCAACAGCUGCUGCAACCCGUGGAUCUACCUGCUCUUCACGGGCCAUCUCUUCCAUGAACUGGUACAGCGCUUCCUCUGCUGCUCCUCCAGCUACCUGAAGGGCAACCGUCCAGGAGAGACCAGCGUCAGCAAAAAGAGCAACUCAUCCACUUUUGUCCUGAGCCGCCACAGCUCCAGCCAGAGGAGCUGCUCGCAGCCAUCCACGGUGUGACCAGGCUGGGCCAGGACCCUCUUGUGGCUCGGCGUGUGCCGACAUAGACAGUCCGCCCCUUGGUGGCGGUGUGCGUGUAUGUAUAAGGUACCUUUCAGUUUGCACCCUUUCCACACCUCCGGGUAGCUUGAGUAGGGUGGGAAAUUAUGGCAUGGGUUGGGGAAAUAGUCUCCAUGGUGGAAAUGUUGGGCUGACUCAGCCAUCAGACAGUCCCUGGAUCUCCCCUGGCUUCCUACAGGGGUUAUACACCCUGCCCCCACUGCUGCUCUCGUUGGUUGAUGGGUUGGUUUUAUUCUCCUGGACCUGUCAUUUCUCCCCAGUAUCUUUUUACUCCUUUAUUCUGGGAUCUUGUGAAAGGUGUUAAGUAUGGGAUUGGUGUGUGGAAGCAUACUGUUCUGAGCUCAGAAUAAGGAGUGGGAGUGGGACCUCAGAUGUGGAGGGUAGUGCUAAUUAUCCUUCUGACUUUAGAAUGCUUUUACUUUUGCAUGGAACCUUCCCAGCAUCCUUGGGCACCAGCAUGUCAGAAGGUGGCCCUAGGAACAGGGGAUUCCCUUAUGAAACCAUUUGGCAUUGGCAGCUGAUGAAAAGUGGGGCUACAAGUGUUUAAGAAGGGAAUAUUUAUGUGAAAUAGUCAGGAAAGAAAAAGAAACAGAAGGCAUCCAGGUUGGAAAAGAAGAAGUAAAAUUCUUGGCAGAUGGUAUGAUUUUGUAUGUAGAUAAUUCUAAGGAGUUCAUGCACACAUACAAACCCAUUAGAACUAAUAAAUGAAUUAGUCAAGGUUGCAGGGUGCAAGGUCAGUAUGCAAAGGCCAGUGGUAUUUCUUUAUACUAGCAACUCACAAUAUGAAAAUGAAAUUAAGAAAUAAUCACAUUUAUACUGGUGUAAGGAAGAAAAAAUAGGAAUAAAUUUAACAAAAGAAGUACAAGACUUAUACCCUGACAACUACAAAAUAUCAUUGAAAGAAACUGAAGAAACUCAGAGAAAUGGAGAGAUAUCCUGUGUUCAUGGAUCAGAGACUUAAAUAUUAUUAAGAUGAUAGUACUGUCCAAAAUUAUCUACAGGCUUAAUGCAAUUCUCCUAUCAAAAUCCUGGUUGGCCUCUUUGCACAAAUUGAUGAGCUGAUCCUAAAAUUCACACAGAAAUGCAAGGGACCCAGAAUAGCCAAAUGAUCUUUUGGAAAGAACAAAGUUGGUGGAUUUACAAUUCCUGGUUUCAAACUUCACUACAAGGCUUCAGUAAUCAAAGGAGCGUGGUACUAACAUGAGGAUAGACAUGUGGAUCAAUGGAGUAGACCAAUGGGAUAGAAUGGAGAGUGCAGUUAAAAACCCUCCCAUUCAUGGCCAAUUGAUUUUUGACAAGUGUGGCAGAAGAAUUCAGUAGGGGAGACAAUCUGCUCAACAGAUGGGACUGGGAAAACUGGUAAUCCACCUGCAAAAUGAUGACGUUGGUGAAGGGGGUUAAGAGGAACAAACUUGCAGUUACAAAAGUAAGUCACAGUGAUGAAAAAUACAGCACAGGGAGUAUAGCCAAUGAUAUUGUAAUAACCUUGUAUGUGAUUACACUUACUGUGUGAGCAUUGAAUAAUGUAUGGGAUUGUUGGAAUUCUAUCUUGUUCACCUGAAACUAAUAAAGCAUUGUAUGUCAA